CACGAGCUCUCAAGGCAAGAUGGCGUUUGGAAAGCUGUGAGAUGUGAAAACAGGAUGGCUGUUUGAAGAGCUUCUGUCGAUGCAUCAAGGUUUUUUAGGUGAAGAAAAAGAAGUUGGAAAUGGAAUUGCCAAAUCAUGCCAAACAAUUGCUGCUGCAGCUGAACCAACAAAGAGCCAAAGGUUAUCUGUGUGAUGUGAUCAUAGUUGUAGAAAAUGCCCUUUUUCGGGCACACAAGAACAUCCUGGCAGCCAGCAGUAUUUAUUUCAAAUCCCUUAUCCUUCAUGACAACUUGAUUAACCUCGACACGGACAUGGUCAACCCGUCGGUUUUCCGGCAGGUUCUAGACUUCAUUUACACUGGCAAGCUUUUGUCCACCGAUCAGUUCAGUGACCACAAUUUCAAUGCCCUUCUCACAGCAGCAAGCUACCUCCAACUUCAUGACCUGGCUGCUCUCUGCAGAAAGGAGCUUAAGCGCAAUGGAAGAUCCCUUCUUAAUAAACCCACAACUCCUACCAAUGGAAGAACUUCUAGGAACCAAAGGUUGUCCUCUACGCCUGUAACUCUAAACCAAAUGUCUGGGUUAAAAGACAGUGAGAAGACAAAGAAGCACAAGGAGUUACUCAAAGACGACUUGUCUGAGGAUGAGAUUUUUGUGAGAAAUUCCGCAAGUCCCUCUACGAGUAAAAAUGGAAGCAACGGUAACAGCAGUUGUGGCAUGCAGGCACUUGGCCUAGACCUUUCCAAGAAAAGCCCCUCAGGGAGCACAGCCACCGAAGAAGUAAGUCCCAGCAGUAUCCCACAAGAAUCACCUCAGUCUGCCUCAGAAUCCACAGCCAACAGUGCCUCAUUCGAUGAGAACACCAACACACAGAACCUCACUGGGGGAGAACCCAUGGAGCUUGGUGGAGGAGAAUGUGAAGAGAGCCAACCACUUCUGGACAUGGACCAGCAUAAAAGUUCCCGUCAGGUUGCACGGCAGAGGCGGAAACCCAAGAGUGAAGGCAAAAAAGGUGAAGACCCGGAUCGAGGGCCUUUACUCAAUGGAGUUGCCAAAAGAAUAAAUGUGGCUGGUGAAAGACUCCCUGGUGGAAAUGGCAACUCCGAGAUCUCCUUCCAGUGCAAAGAUGAGGAAGACGGUUUAGAAAAUGGGCAAGAGCACAGUGAAGAGAGCGGACAGAGUGAGAGCGAAGGUGGGCGGAAUAGUGCCAAUUACGUCUAUCGCCAGGAAGGCUUCGAGCCUGCCCUCGGUGACAACCUUUAUGUUUGUAUACCCUGUGGUAAAGGGUUCCCAAGCUCUGAGGAGCUCAAUACCCAUGUGGAGACCCAUACAGAGGAAGAGCUGUACAUCAAAGAGGAGGAGGAUGACUCUUAUCCAAAGGAAGAUGAAAUAGAAGCGGAAGACUUGUCUUCGCAAAUAACACAUGUCCACGGUACCGAGUCGCGUCGCUUCAGCUGCUCGGUCUGCAACAAGAGCUACAAAGAUCCUGCCACUCUCCGUCAACACGAGAAGACCCACUGGCUCACCCGUCCCUUCCCCUGCAAUAUCUGCGGCAAGAUGUUCACCCAGCGUGGCACCAUGACGCGCCACAUGCGCAGCCAUCUGGGGCUGAAGCCCUUCGCCUGCGAUGAGUGUGGCAUGCGCUUUACCCGGCAAUACCGGCUCACAGAGCACAUGCGGGUCCACUCAGGUGAGAAGCCGUAUGAAUGUCAGCUAUGUGGGGGCAAGUUUACCCAGCAGCGUAACCUCAUUAGCCACUUACGGAUGCAUACCUCCCCGUCAUAAGCCAAAGACUCCUUGAACAGGAGACCCUCAGCAAAAAGAGACCACGCACACCUCUUACACUGUAAGGAACAAAUAACCCAAAGCUGGAUUCUCUUCUGCUGUAAACUAGACUAGAGGAGCCAUUCAAACAAGGAGCCCCAACAAUGGAUUAAAAGAUUAAAACAAUCGGUAUGAUUUGAUAGGCUUAUGAUUUUUGUUUUAAUUUAGCUGUGAAUGUAAAACUGGGAUACUGAUGCUGUUGUAUGAUUCCAUGGGAUGUUCAGACCACUGUCAACCACAGCAAUCUAUGCGUUGGUUUUAUAAGUCUCAAGUCCAUGUGGUCUGUCUUGAUUGUUAUUUUAGUAUCCCCGAGCAUAUUCCUUCUUUCCUUUCUUGGUCUUUUAAAGAAUAUCGCUCAUGGCCUGAGCAGAGUUCUGGUGGUAUAUAUUAUGUAGAACUCUCAACAAGGUUUAGGCAACAACCAGGUUAUUCUGUGCGCAUCAAUGUAUUGUGAAUUCAAAAGUUUAAAAUUCUUUGAAGUGUCUCUAAGGGUCUCAAAAAUAGUCUUGUCAGACUUGCGAGAUAGCUUGUCUGUAAUCAUUUGUGUGGUAUUUCAUGAAAGCUUUGUGUAUGCAACCAAACAUUUCCCAGUAUGCCUACUCCGUACCUCGUACCCAUUGGCUUAUUCUGGCUGUAGCUGGGAAACUAUCUUUAAGUUUUGGACUGUAUCAUGAGCUUCUGUGGAUCAUCAACAGAGAUAUUGGAGCUUUUGAGAUUGGUGUAACCUUGCUGUGUCCCACCUACAUCUGGACGUAAGCCAAAGGCAACUUGGUGACGAAAGGCCAUGGGCGUCCUUUAAGCCACAUCGUUUACUCUCAUAGUAUAUAGAGGUUUUUACUCUCAAAGAAAAGCCAAACUUAAAGGUACUUGUUUUUAGAUUUACUUUAGAUAACUUAUUGAUAAGCUUCUGUGAAUGUUUUAACUGGAAGUUCUUUUGAUAUUUCUUUUGGGAUCAGAGAGGGUUGGGUUGGUUGGAGUGAUGGGUCGGGUAGCAUUCAUUUUAGUGAUGUUGAACUUCAAAAUUCUGUUGGUACUAUUAAUUUACACUUAUUAGUUACGUUUUUCCCUUCACAAAAAAAAAAGAAAGAAAGGCAAGCACGUACGGUCUUGUCACAUUGCUACCUCUUAAUUCUUGAGAACAAUACAUUCAUUGGACAUAUGGAGGUCUCUGAAUAUAGAUGUAUAAAGUUUGCUGAGGCUUUUAAAGUAGUUGUAACGUACCCAUCAACAAAGGUUUUAAGUUUUGAAAGCAUUAACGUAGAACUUAGCUUAUUUGGGUGUAUGUAUUUAAGGUAUUGAAAAAUGUUAUGUCAGAGAAAUCCAAAGAGAAAUUGUAAUAUUGGGGAGAAUGGCUUACCAACAGAUGUUUCCUGUAGAAUAUCCCAACCAAAGGUUUUAGAUUACAUUGCAGGAGGUAAGGAUGUCAUUUUUGUCUUUUAGCUCUUGACAAAGAGCAAUGUAUUGGGGCGUUAGUUUGUACUUGACAUUUACUUAAAAAAAAAAAAAAAAAAACCAAUGAACUUACUUCUGGUGGCUUUCCAUUUUUCGAAGUUUACAAUAGUUUCUCAAUAGUGUCUUUCUGUUUCUUACUUUGUCUGCAGAGGGACUUUGAAAAACUUCAGAAGGACUAAUUAAUUUGAGGUCAGACCAAGAGAAAACAAUAAUUAUGAGUAGCGGGUUUUAUAGGUUAUUGUGUUACAUGUCGACCAUACUUGGAAAGCUUACUGAAUGAGGAAAUAAUGCACUGGAUUGCUUUGUAGCCAUCAGAACUCCAAAAAACCUUGUUGUAAAAUGAUGCUGUCACAUGGCAUCGCAUAAAAAAACAUUAUCAUUUAUUCAUUCGAGAUAUAGGUAUUAUGUGAAGUAUGCAUGUUGAAAAAGUAUUUUUUGGUUAUUACAAAUGCUGGUAAUUGUGAUGGGUGAAUGUUACAUUGUCAGUGUUAGGUAAACGCUGAUGUAUGUAUUUAUCGUUCAGUGCUGAAAUUCCUUGCUGCCAUCAUCUUCAUUUCAUUAGUUACAGAUUACGUUUUUUUUCGCCAAUCCAAGUGCAUCACAUUCCAUGUGUAAAUCUUAGCCUACUUAAUGUCUUAAUGGCAUUCCUUUUUUGGGUUGUUUUUUUUCUGGUUCUUUCUCCAAAGUCCUGUGUUUGGGUUCGCUAACGAUGAACUUAGGGGUGAAGCUAUAGUCAUGUUAAAAGGAGCAUUGUUUACACUUUUUCCUGGAAUCCGAUUUUUUAUUUUUUUUUUUUUAUUAUUAUUCUCCUUUUAAUUUAAAUUAGUCUCAGUUAGUUUAUACAAGUCAAAACACUGGAGACAUUUGUACUGUGCUUAUUUCACCUGAUUCCAUUUCUAUGAAAUAUUACUGAUUGCCACAUGUACAAAAGUGGUCAAAAUGUUUGUUAUUGAUUAGAGAUGUUUCAUUACAGUAUUGCGCACCAAAGGAAACCAAAAUAGACAAUUAUAUUUAACUUUAAAUGAAUGAUGGUCACCAAUAGAGGUAGAACGAUAUAUCGGUUUUUUUCAAUUAGUCGGUGCAAAUAGUUGCUUUUUGGAAUUAUCAGUUAUCGGCAAAAAUCUGUGCCGAUAGUUGCUGAUAGUUUUUUUUAAUAAUUUUUUUAAUUUUCAAAAUAAGAGCCCCCGUUGUGUUUUGAGCUUGAUUAUACUUAAAAUUCCUGCGUUAUGCACCAAAUCGUGUUUUUUGUUUUGUUUUUUUUUGUUGUUUUUUUUUUUUUGGUUAAUAUUGGGAUUUUGGUUGAACAAUAAACCGCAUAUGGGAUUUAAUUAAUUUUGGACUCUUUUUCUGUGCCCGCCAUAGUAAGAAAAAUAAGAUUUUUUUUUGACGUUCUAUAAAUCGAUUUUUAAAAACUAUCGGCCAUUUAAUCAUUUGUCGGCCUUUCCUACCACCUUAGUUAUUGGUAUCUGCAAAAUCCACUUUUGGUCGACCUCUGGUCACCAAUAAGUCUUAAUUUUCUUAUACAUUCAUAUCUUGGAUAUUAAAGUGUUCAGAGUUUGUUUUGUUACAGUCUAAUGAUAAGUGCGCUCUGGCGUUGAUACACCCCUCAACUCAGGAAGACUAUUUUUAUCACUUUUUAUGUACUAAAUAGGAUUCCAGGAAACAAUUCCCAUUGAUAUCUUGCUAAUUUACAAGUACUUAAUUAGAACAACUUAUAAGAACUGAUGUCUUGGGUUGAUAAAAUGCUCUAUUGUCGAUUCCAGCAAUUUGUGACUAUAGCUGAGAGAACUGGGAGAGUUGAAAAAGGAUGACAAAAAGUUUCAUACUGUGACAAUAAUGUUUCUACUUCAAAUCUUCAGGGAUAGUUCUGCAUAUUUUGAAAUGUGGAGCUUUCAUCUACAUUUGUAAGACUGUGUCAAUACUGUGUCAAUUUCUGUAUUUUAAUGAAUGAAAAGCAAAACACUAGUUUCCUACUAAAUACAUUUUACGAGUGUGUUUCCAUUUCAAAACGCCUUCAAAAAAAAAAAAAAAAAAAAAAAAGCCAGAGAUGUACGUGGAAAACGUUUACUUUUAAGUUCUAGUGUUUGUUUGUUUUUUGUUGUUUUUUUAGGAAAAAAUUCUAGUAAGUGCAAAAUGUAUAAACGCAUAAGAUAAAAGCUCAUACCCAAAUUUUCAGACUAUUUUCUAAACCAAAGCACAUUUUGAAUGAUUGAUUAAUUGACCGCUUGUCUGACAUAAAGAUACUUGUGUAUAAUAUCUCAUUGUUUACAUAAACUCUUACAGUUGCAGACCUCAGGUGAGGGGAGGCCAGUUUAAAUGUGCUUCUGUGUAGGUCACCACCAGGUUUAAAACGAAAGUGAAACAAAUUGUAUCUGUGUCUUACCCUUUGAACGUAGCUUAAAGCUUUGAUUUGGCUGCUACUUUAUAGGUUUGACCACUCGCUUUACGAUUGGCCCUUUAAAAUGUGCUGAGACAUCCCUUAUGAAAAUCAUAUCAUCAUUGAAAUCAAUAUUUGUAUGAAUCUGCUGCUUUUUUGUUUUUAAAUAUGUAAAUACGCAUGAAUAACUACAUACACAUUUACCUCAAAGUAACUUUUUAGGACUUGCUGCAUAUAUAGUAUAUAUAAAUAAAUAUAUUUUAUUUUGUAUUUUUUCGAGAGAUUAAUCUCCCUUUAUUUUUUUCCUUUUGUCUUUUGUUUUUCAUUUGUAUGUAUUCUGAGCUGCCUGUUUUUAUUUUGUCCACAAAAGAAGCAAGUUAAAAAAGCGACUGGCCUCUCCUCUCUCAUCAUUGGUGCAAACACUUACUGACAGUGUUCACUUUUUAUAUCAAAUGUCUAUUGUCAGUGAUGAAUGUAUUUAUUUGAUCCUGUUUUCACUUUUUAAAGAGUUCACUUUGGGUGAGACAAGGUGUUUUCAGGGUCCGAGUUUAUUCUGUUGUAGUAAGCCGAGCGAAAAUAAAAAUAAAUGACACAAAGCUUAGAACAUUUUCAAACCUGUGAAGAUAUAGACAUGAGGAAUGUAUUUCUCCCAUGAAGUGUCCGUCAUAAACAUGGUUUUGUAAUCUUCACUCAUUCAAAGCAUGCAUAUGCUCUCGAUCAUGCAUUUUUCUUGUCAUGGACACUUUGAAAGUCUGUUUGUUGAUUUUAAAUGAUCUCUGUGUCUGUACGCCUCUGCCUGCCGAUACAGGAAGGUAUCGUUUAGAAUUGUGUCAAAGGCAUUCAAGGUUAUGUUUUUCUGUACCGAAAGCUCCGGUGUUGUCACGUGCUAUUAUUCAAGGCCGUUCAAUUCAGUUUUCUUUCUUUGGGGGAGUUUAUCUAAUGCCCAAGUGAGCCAAAGGUUUUUCUUAAAAAUACUCAAAAUCAAACAAUACAUUUAUCCAUGUCUUGUAACUAUAAGAUCAAAUAUCUUUAAGCUUUAUAAAAUGCACUUUUCUACGUUCACACUGAUGACUUGUAGAUCUAGGCGAUGCACCUUUAUCAGUUGUUUUAAAUUGAAAAUGUCUACUUCAGCUGCGAAGCUUUAACCCUUGUGCGACCUUCAGGACAUUUUUGUCUUUUUCAUUUUAGUUUUUUCGAUCAUUUUGGCUGUGUUAAUGCCAACGUCAUACAUUUUGCCAAAGGUGUGUAUUUUGGGGGGAAAUAUUGAUAUUUCAACCUCAGUUCCUAUAAUACACUGUGUACACAAAAUAGUUACACUCAGGACCUUCAGGACAAAAAUGUCCCCAUUGAAACCCAUUAAAACUGCGAUAUUUGAUCCCAGUGCCAUUAAAGCAUAAAAUCAUGAAUUCUGUGAUAUUAUGCUUUCAUUCCAGAGUCCUGGCUUCCAAAUUUACAUUUUUAAUAUUUUCCACCAGAUGGCGCCAUUUUUCUCAUGUUUAGCCUAUGGAGCAAAUACAAGCUUUUCCCCCAUUUUCUGUUUGCUAGAGCAAAUGUGGGCCAAUUGAACAAAUGAUGCAGCUAAAAUUGUGUGGGUGUGUUGGUAUGGAUGUCAGAGUGUAUUUGUAUGUGUGUAUUGAGAAAUUUGUGUGUGUGUAAAAAAAAAACAACAGUGGCAUUAUGUAAACAAACAUUUGGCAUUUAAUGGGUUAAAAUCCUGAAAAUGAAUAUUUAGUAGUUAUGAUCAGGACUGAUGUUGGUUAAGUCAGUAAAAGUGGAAAAUAAUAUUAAUAUAGAAUAUUUUUAUGGCAGUUUUUUGACGUGGACAUUUUUGUCCUCGAAGGACCUCCUGAGUAACUUUUUUUUAUUGACGCACAAGGGUUAAGUAAACUCAAAGAUUAACGACAGAAUAUAAAAUAUCUCACACUUGUUUGCUGCUAAUGUUAAGUUUUGUCUGAUUAUUCUACAUAUCCCGUAGAGUAUUAUGCUUCAGAAGAUUGCCUUCGUCAAUAUAACUGGUAAGUAAGCAUUCAGUGGGACCUCAAGUUACCAAAUCAACCCAAACUAACUAAACCAAAGCCAGAUUUACAAGCAUGUGCAUAGCAGGUGGGCAUUUUUCCAUAUGUUUUUACUUGUAUGCAAUAUCACAUUGAAACGCUCUACUAGCGCAAGUCAUACUGCUAGCCUGUCCAACCCCCUUUACAAUACAUUUUUGAUCUUAAUAAUCAUUCCAAUAACUUCAUACAUAAAUAUUUAUUCUCACAGCUUUGUCAGUAUUUUAAGACAUUGAGAAGUUUUGUGCUCUUGUGUAUAAAGACAAGUCACCUUUUUUGAUUAUUAGUUCAAAUAAUUGUGUUUAUUGAUCAGCCUUGAACACGGCUUGCAGACAACACCGCGGUUUCACAUUCCAACUCCUCGAAGAGCUUGUAUUCAGGUCAGAGCUACAUGCGGCAUGCAGCUCAAAUUCUGUGUCAUGUGAAUAAAACACGGUGUACAGAGCUCAUCUUACAUUCACAGUCUUAAUGUACAGCUACGAGAACUCAUUUUAGAAUCUUUUCAUUAAAAUCUUGAUCAAAACAA